CAGAUGUGUCAGGCCAUGAGCGGAAUACUGAAGAGGAAAUUCGAGGAGGUGGAAGCCUCCUCCUCCCCGUGCUCUUCCUUGAGGGAGUCUGAUGAUGAGGUAUCCUGCAGUGAGAGCGGGGACAGCAGCGACAGCGUCAACCCGUCCGCCUCUGGCCCUUUCACCCCUGGCUCCAUCCUGAAGAGAGAGAAGCGCCUGUGCACGAGGAGGGUGCACUUUGAAAAGGUGACAGUAUACUACUUCAGCAGGAGGCAGGGCUUCACCAGCGUGCCCAGCCAGGGCGGCAGCACGCUGGGCAUGUCCAACAGGCACAGCUGGGUCAGGCAGUAUUCUCUUGGAGAGUUUGCCAUGGAACAGGAGAGGAUACACAGGGACAUGUUGAGGGACCAUCUGAAGGAGGAGAAACUCAACUCCAUCAAACUCAAGCUGACCAAGAAUGGAACCGUCGAGUCCGAAGAGGCCAACACUCUCACGGCUGAAGAUAUUUCUGACGACGACAUCGACCUGGACAACACAGAGGUGGACGAAUACUUCUUCCUGCAGCCGCUUACCACUAAAAAACGGCGGGCCCUGCUUCGUACAUCUGGGGUUAAGAAGAUUGACGUAGAAGAGAAGCACGAACUUCGUGCUAUCCGAAUGUCCAGAGAGGACUGCGGGUGCGACUGCAGAGUCUUUUGUGAGCCGGAGACCUGCGCCUGCAGCAAUGCGGGCAUCAAGUGCCAGGUGGACCGCAUGUCAUUUCCAUGCGGAUGCACAAAAGAAGGCUGCAGCAAUUCGAGCGGCAGAGUGGAGUUCAACCCCAUUCGCGUACGGACCCAUUUCCUGCACACUAUAAUGAAGCUGGAGCUAGAGAAGAGUCGCGAGCAGGAGCAAGCUUCCCCCACCAAUGGUUACCACGGCAACGACGCAGUCAGCUCAAAUCCUCUGGUUCAGUCGCAGCACAGGUUGGACUACACUUUGCCUGAAACCGUUCCGCAAAGCGCCGCCGCACACCUGCAGACGGCCAGCGAGAUGGACGAGCCGCUGGAGGACGAAGAAGAGGAAGACGACGACGAGGACGACGAGGAGGAGGAAGAAGACAAUGAAGACGAGGAGGACAGCAGCAGCAUUUUCAGCGGGCUUUCAGACUCCAGCACUCAGAGUUUAGCGAACAGCGAUUCAGAGGAGGACGAAGAUGAAGACAGGUCAGAGAACUCGUGUCACACCGAGGUGGUGCCCUUGGCUUCGGUCUUGUGCUAUGGCGACGACGACAACCACGUCAACGGGAAUGCGUAUUUAAUGAACUCCCCCUCGGCCGAUUACUACCAGCUCGGGAAUUCUGGUGGUCCCACCGGCCAAUCUGGCGAACCCUAUGGGGAAGCCUUAGCGUUCCAAGAACCGAUCGGUGGCAACCAAACCCAGGGAGCCUUCCCAAAUCAGCCGGCGGAGCAAUACUCGAGGAAUUUUCAUUUGGGCGGGAACGCGCAGCAGGCGCCUUUCAGCCACUACGACAACGACAAGCAGCUGCUGUCCAAAACGGACUUUGUAGAUCCACCUGAGAACCAGUUUCACAACUACCUGAAUAAUAACUCCCUGGCUUCAUUCAGCACUCAUGGUUCAUGUACAACGGGCGAGCCGCCGCAGCAGUCCAAUAUUAACGGGCACCCCGACCUGAACUUACUCGCAACCAGUACCAAGAAUCUCUCUUUACCAGCCGUGUAG